AUGGAAAGGAGUGACCCAUACAGUGUGUCUGAUCACCUGCGCAAAUGCAGCCAACUGCCACCAUAUCUCCAGGACUAUGAAGUGGGUUACCCCGCCAAGCACCAACCCCCAUAUUAUGAGCAGGCCAGACAUACUAUUUCUCCUGAGGUUCUUCAGUAUAUUAAUAACAUGAGAGAAGAACAUGACCAACUGCGACGAGAUCUGCAAUGUCUUACAGAAGUCAUCUCGAGCUCCCUUGUACUAGCCCCACAGCAUACCAUGUCACAGUCCAGACUGCGUGAGGACGAGACUUCAUCCACAUCUGCGCACGCUAGUAAGCUGGUGCCAUCUAGAGGUCACAAGGACCCACAUCAGCAUGAGUGCCCCAAAGCUGUCAGUUAG